AUCAAGCACCUAGGCAUGCACACUGCUUCUACAAACAUGUGUGAAAGAAUGGGUCUCACUCAGGAGCUCAGUGAUAUCAAGCAUGGUACCAUGAUAGGUUGCCACCUAUGCAUAAAUCUAUCUGUGAAAUUUCCUUGCUAUUAAAUUUUCCACGGUCAACUGUUAGUGGUAUUAUAACAAAGUGGAAGCAACUGGGAACAACAGCAACUCAGCCAUGAAGUGGCAUGCUGCAGCGCAUGGUGCGCAGAAGUCACCAACUGUCUGCAGAGUCAAUAGCUAAAGACCACCACACUUUGCAUAGCUUUCAGAUUAGCAUAAUAGUGCAUAGAGAGCUUCAUGGAAAGGGUUUCCAUGGCCGAGCAGCUUCAUCCAAACCUUACAUCACCAAGUGCAAUGCAAAGUGUCGGAUGCAGUGGUGUAAAGCACACCACCACUGGACUCUAGAGCAGUGGAGUAAUGUUCUCUGGAGUUGUCAGGAGAACGGUACUUGCCUGACUGCAUUGUGCCAAGUGUAAAGUU